CAUUCAGGCACACAAACACAAAAUGUGUCACAUCUCACUCACUGCCAAACUGUUCAGAAGGUAAAUUGUGUUUUUUGUUCAUCCAAACGGAUCACAGAUUUUUACGACAUUUUUCAAAUGUGAAAUUUCUGGAUGUUUAAGACUUUCCAUAAAAUUGAAGACAAAGUGCAGUUGAGGGCAAUUGAAAAAGAAAGCGAGAAAAUCAAAGACAUACUGACACAACAACUACAAAAAUUGGCAGCCCGAAUAGAGGGGUGUCGUCAAUUUGUCACGAAAUGCGGAAAACUGAGCAGCUUUCACAAAUAAAACAAGGAGGUAAACAUGAACUUGAAUUCCUUAGAAUAAUUGUAAGUAAACAACAAAGAGAAAUUGAAAGACUGAAAGAUGAAAGACAUGACCUGAACAUCCUUGUAAGAACUUUGAAACUACAAAUGAAACAUUUUACUCUGAAAGUUGAGAUGAGUAAAAAUUUAGCCAUGAAAGAACAAAUGCUUCUUCAUGAAACAUUGACUGUCAUUAACAGAGAGAGUCAUAUUCUGGGGAGACAACAUACUGAGAUUAAAAUUAAGCAACACAAUUUAAAAUUGAUAAAUUUUUCAAAAUUAGAAGAACACAAGCAAAGUCUCAAUGAACUUACCUGCCAAAUAAGGCAGUGGUCGACAAGUGACUGCAGUCUGAUAACUAAUAACUGGAAAACAAUCACUGGUGCAAAACAAGCUAAGCUAACUAAGCAGUACAUGCAGGAAAGCAUGGUAUGUUUAAACCAAGCAAUAAUAAGAAAUGGUAAAGAAGUUUCACAACUUGAAAAUGAAAUAAAGCACAUCAUUAACACAAUGACUGUCAUUGUAAAGCAUUCUGAGAACAUUUUGACUCAAAUGAAAACACGUACUAAAAAACAGAAAGACAAAGAAUUUUUUGAAAAAACAAGUAUGUUUUUUGAAUCCUGUGUGCCAGGAAACAGUGAACAACUGGGGGAUAUAUUAAAACAUACAGUAAACACACAAACGCACAUGGAAGAAGAGGACAUAUGGAAGAGGUUGAUCCACACAAGAAAACAACAAAAAACAAACAACAUAAAGACAGUGAAUGCUAAUAAACACAGGAUAUAUCUUGAAGAGAAAAAAGCAAGAAAGCUGAUGAACCUGGUGAGAAAACAAAUCGCUAAGGAAUUCACAAAAAGAAAAGUCAAAAGCAUCAAAUGUCAAGCUAAAAAAAUGAUCAAACUUCAUCAAAAACUUGAACAAACCAUGAAAGAGAAGGAUGAAUUAGAAAUCCUCAAGAUGAAGCUGCAAAAACAAAGAGAAAAAGAAGAGGAUUUGAUGCAAUGUAAACACUGUUGUCCAGGUGCACAACAGGCUCAAAAGCACAUCAAUGAGAUGACAAGAACCAAGUCAGAUCAGAGGUCGCCAAGGCAGAAAUGAGCGGAGAGGAGUUUGCAGCACGGAUGCAGACUGAUAUUAUAAAAGUGGUGCUGCCACCUUUUGGGCAAACUGAAUUUGAAGAACCCUCGGUUUGGCGGAUGGAACUAUAAAGACACUUUAAUUAAAAUAAUAAAAUCUGUGUUUACAUCUAAAGAAGACCCGCAAGCAAGCACAGAAAACAAUGACAAAACACUUACAUUGGAUGACACAGAAAAAACUGAAAUGGAAAUGACUGAAGAAAUAUUUAUGACUAAAUUCAGAAGAGAAGUGGAACAUGCUGAAAAUGAGGCAUAUGAACUCAAGGUAAAAGAUGAGAAACGGAGAAAGACAAUACAACAUUCUAUGGAGACCAUAGAGGAAAAAAUUCAGGAGGUAAAUGGACUGGUAAUUGAUCUAAAUAAUUUGCAAAGGCCAAAGACUAAACAUAAUUUACAAAUUAUUUUCAUCAAAACUGAAAAUCCAGAGGAACGGAAAUAUGAACCACAAAACAAAUUAACAGAAACGGAACAUACAGAGGAACAAAAAAAUGAACCACAAAACAAGAUUAAUGAAAUGCUUGACAUCACGAAAGAAAUACAAAUACAAAUAAAAUACCUUGAAUUUCAACUAGAAUGUGUGAAAAAAGAAACCAAAGAGAUUGAAAUGUUAAAAUAUCAAAUGGAGAUCAAACAGAAAGGCUAUCUAAAUAUUUUAAGAAGUGUCAGUCGAAUACAGCAAGAAAAUAAAUUGAGAGAUGCUGAGUUAAAAUUAGAGAAAAAAUCACUAAAAAGGUGGACACAAAAAUUGCAAAAAGACCUAAAUUGCCAACUGGAGGUGGUGACCAAAGACUUGGAUCGUUUGGAGAUCUUAAAGCAGAAUAUAAAAAAAUGCCAGAAAAAGGCUACUAUCUCUGUUAUCACAAACGACCCUAAUCAGUGCGAAAACAAGUGUGACGGGAAUCAUAAAUGUAUAGGGAUGCAUACAAUUAUGAGAACGCACUGUGAAUAUCUGUCGCAAAUAAUUCAUGACAUCAAGCAAAAGAUGAGUAGACACCCAAGAAUCUCAAGUAAAAUAAAAUGUGAAGUGGAACAUACUAUAUGUUUAGAAAUUAAACGUAAAAAGGAAAUGUGUGGUUUCAAGAAAAUAACACAGGAGGUAAAGAAAAGAAAAAAUGAUCUGCAAUUGAUCAUGUGUAACAUGAAACAAAAUAAGGCAGAUAUACAGAGACAAAUUAGUUUUCUAAAGAAAAAAGAAUUAUUGAAUGAAACACUCAAUGAAUUGGAAAACACAAUGUGUGACCUCAGAAUCAAUACAAAAACCAUUUGCAGCUCAUUCGAUGACUUGAGUAGAAAGACACACAACCUCAAGGGUUGGGCCCUACAUCUUAAGCAAAGAACAAAGCAAAUUAAACACUUGUUAAAAAAAAUCGUAUUAAAAACUGAGCAAAACAACUUUGACAAUGUAAUGCUUACAAAGGAUGAAGACUUCAAAGAAAAAUUGAACAAAUUCAAAAUGUGUAUACAGAUACAUGAAAAUUAUGUUGAAGAUUUCAGUCACAAAAAUUAUAUAUUAUAUACACAAACAGUAGAUGCUGCCAUGACAAUAGUAAGAAACACAGUGCAAAAGCCGUGUGCAAUGAGGUGUUAUAUUGAUGUCAGAAGUAAAAUACAUGAAAUUAAAAAAAAAAAGGAAAAACUGAAUUCUGAGGGUGACAUACAGGGUCAAAUCAGCAAGGAGAGGGAAAAGUUACUUUCAGUCAAGACAAACAUUAAUGUCAAUAGAAAAAGCCUGAAAAUUGACAUGGGGAAAACACAACAACUGAGAACUGAGCUGAAGUUGAGUGAGGAUCAAUUAAUAACAAAGCUACAUUCACUAGAGAAAGCAAAAGCCAAUCUCCAGGAGGCGAAUGAGAGCAGGCUUGAAAACAUAUCCAAGAAAGGACUUUAUUUUGAGACGAUUAAGGAAACCAUUCAGAAAAAAACACAUGCCUUGAAAACGAUGGUUGCAAACCUUGAUCAAGUGACACACCAAAUACUAAAUCAAAACAAGCUGAUACAGGAAGAAAGGAUACGGCAAGAUGGUCUGCUUUCAAGCAUGGUGAAACAAAGAAAACUACUUAAGGAGAACCAAAAAGACAUUGAUGCUACUACAGAAAGACUCAUUGAUGACAGGGGAAAAUUAGUUUCAAAGACAAAUAAUAUUGAAGAAGACAGAACAAGACUCACUAUCGAGAAAGAUGAGAUAGAUCUACAGCAUGCAGAGCUGAAAGCAUGGGAACAUAAUUUAGAAGCUAGCAUUUCUUUACUAGAAAAAGUUAAGGUCAACUUGCAGGAGGAAAAUGACAAGAAACGUGAAGGUGUUUAUGAGAAAAAUCUACAGAUAGAAAAUAACAAGUGUGGCAUGCAGGAAAUAUCAUUAGCUAUGAAGAACACACUAGCAGACCUUGACCAGAUGACAGACCAAGUAACAGUUAAUCGCAAACUACUGUUGAGAAAAGGGAUACAGCUGGGAAGUCUGCUGUCAAGUGUGGUGAAACAAAAAGAAGAACUUGAUGAGACCAGAGAAAAUGUGGAUUCUGCCUUGAACAGAGUCAGCAAUGAGAGGGAAACUUUGAAUUUGUUGAAGCGUAAAAUUGACGUUGAGAAAGAAGAACAAACAAUGGAGAAGGACAGGCUGGAACAAAUGUGGUCUGACCUGAAAGUACGGCAAAAUCAAGUGAUAAAUAAUGUACAGUUUUUACAAAAUGCAAAGGCAAAUCUCCAGGAGGUGAAUGAAAGGAAUAUUAGGAGCAAUCACAAAAUAUUAAUCAAAUUCGAACAAAACAAGAAAGGUGUGCAGACAGUGACACUUUCAUUGAAGAAUAUGCUUGUAGACCUUAAACGGGUGACAGACCAAGUGUCAGGUAAAAACAAAUUACUUUUGAGACAGAGGUACCAGUUGGGUCGUCUGCUGUCGAUAAUGGUGGAACAAAAAGAAGAACUUAAUGAGAAGUGUGAAGAUCUUGACUCUCAUAUUGACAGAAUAAGCAAGGAGAGGGAAAAGUUACUUUCAAUCAAGACAAACAUUGAUGUCGAUAGAAAAAGCUUGCAAAUUGACAUGGAAAAAAGACAACAACUGAGAACUGAGCUGAAGUUGAGUGAGGAGCACAUAAUAACUAAGCUACAUUCACUAGAAAAAGCAAAGGCCAAUCUACAGGAGGCGAAUGAGAGCAGGCUUGAAAACAUAUCCAAGAAAGGACUUAAAUUUGAUACGAAUAAGGAAACCAUUCAGAAUGAAACACUUGCCUUGAAAAAGAUGGUUGAAGACCUUGAUCAAGUGACACACCAAAUACUAAAUCAAAACAAACUGUUGCAGGUAGAAAGGUUCCGGCAAGAUGGUCUGCUUUCAAGCAUGGUGAAACAAAGAGAACAACUUAAGGAGAACCAAAAGGUCAUUGAUGCUACUACAGAAAGACUCACUGAUGACAGGGACAAAUUAGUUUCAAAGAAAAAUUAUAUUGAAGAAGACAGAACAAGACUCACUAUUGAGAAAGAUGACAUGGAACAACAGCAAGCAGAGCUGAAAGUACUGGAAGACCAAUUAGCAGAUAACGUUCCAUUACUAGAAAAAGUAAAGGUCAAAAUGCAGGAGAAAAAUGACAAGAAACUUGAAGGUGCUUACGAGAAAAAUCUCCAGAUGGAAAUUAACAAGCGUGUCAUGCAGAAAAUAUUAUUAGCUACGAAGAACACACUAGCAAACCUUGACCAGAUGACAGACCAAGUAACAAUUAAUCGCAAACUACUGUUGAGAAAAAGGAUACAGCUGGGAAGUCUGCUGUCAAGUGUGGUGAAACAAAAAGAAGAACUUGAUGAGACAAGAGAAAAUGUGGAUUCUGCCUUGAACAGAGUCAGCAAUGAGAGGGAAACUUGGAAUUUGUUGAAGCGUAAAAUUGACGUCGAGAAAGAACAACAAACAAUGGAGAAGGACAGGCUGGAACAAAUGCGGUCUGACCUGAAAGUACGGCAAGAUCAAGUGAUAAAUAAUGUACAGUUUUUACAAACAGCAAAGGCAAAUCUCCGGGAGGUGAGUGAAAAGAAUAUUAGGAGCAAUCACAAAAUAUUAAUCAAAUUCGAACAAAACAAGAAAGGAGUGCAGACAGUGACACUUUCAUUGAAGAAUAUGCUUGUAGACCUUGAACGGGUGACAGACCAAGUGUCAGGUAAAAACAAAUUGAUUUUGAGACAAAGGUACAAGUUAAGUCGUCUUCUGUCGAUAAUGGUGGAACAAAAAGAAGAACUUAAUGAGAAGCGUGAAGAUCUUGACUCUCAUAUUGACAGAAUAAGCAAGGACAGGGAAAAGUUACUUUCAAUCAAGACAAACAUUAAUGUCAAUAGAAAAAGCCUGAAAAUUGACAUGGAGAAAACACAACAACUGAGAACUGAGCUGAAGUUGAGUGAGGAUCAAUUAAUAACAAAGCUACAUUCACUAGAGAAAGCAAAGGCCAAUCUCCAGGAGGCGAAUGAGAGCAGGCUUGAAAACAUAUCCAAGAAAGGACUUUAUUUUAAGACGAUUAAGGAAACCAUCCAGAAAAAAACACAUGCCUUGAAAAAGAUGGUUGCAAACCUUGAUCAAAUGACACACCAAAUACUAAAUCAAAACAAGCUGAUACAGGAAGAAAGGAUCCGGCAAUAUGGUCUGCUUUCAAGCAUGGUGAAACAAAGAAAACAACUUAAGGAGAACCAAAAAGACAUUGAUGCUACUACAGAAAGACUCAUUGAUGACAGGGGAAAAUUAGUUUCAAAGACAAAUAAUAUUGAAGAAGACAGAACAAGACUCACUAUCGAGAAAGAUGAGAUAGAUCUACAGCAUGCAGAGCUGAAAGCAAGGGAACAUAAUUUAGAAGCUAGCAUUUCUUUACUAGAAAAAGUUAAGGUCAACUUGCAGGAGGAAAAUGACAAGAAACGUGAAGGUGUUUAUGAGAAAAAUCUACAGAUAGAAAAUAAGUGUGGCAUGAAGGAAAUAUCAUUAGCUAUGAAGAACACACUAGCAGACCUUGAUCAGAUGACAGACCAAGUAACAGUUAAUCGCAAACUACUGUUGAGAAAAGGGAUACAGCUGGGAAGUCUGCUGUCAAGUGUGGUGAAACAAAAAGAAGAACUUGAUGAGACUAGAGAAAAUGUGGAUUCUGCCUUGAACAGAGUCAGCAAUGAGAGGGAAACUUUGAAUUUGUUGAAGCGUAAAAUUGACGUCGAGAAAGAAGAACAAACAAUGGAGAAGGACAGGCUGGAACAAAUGCGGUCUGACCUGAAAGUACGGCAAGAUCAAGUGAUAAAUAACGUACAGUUUUUACAAACAGCAAAGGCAAAUCUCCAGGAGGUGAGUGAAAAGAAUAUUAGGAGCAAUCACAAAAUAUUAAUCAAAUUCGAACAAAACAAGAAAGGAGUGCAGACAGUGACACUUUCAUUGAAGAAUAUGCUUGUAGACCUUGAACGGGUGACAGACCAAGUGUCAGGUAAAAACAAAUUGCUUUUGAGACAGAGGUACCAGUUGGGUCGUCUGCUGUCGAUAAUGGUGGAACAAAAAGAAGAACUUAAUGAGAAGCGUGAAAAUAUUGAUUCUCAUAUUGACAGAAUAAGCAAGGACAGGAAAAAGUUACUUUCAAUCAAGACAAACAUUAAUGUCGAUAGAAAAAGCCUGAAAAUUGACAUGGAGAAAACACAACAACUGAGAACUGAGCUAAAGUUGAGUGAGGAUCACCUAAUAACAAAGCUACAUUCACUCGAGAAAGCAAAGGCCAAUCUCCAGGAGGCGAAUGAGAGCAGGCUUGAAAACAUAUUCAAGAAAGGACUUUAUUUUGAGACGAUUAAGGAAACCAUUAAGAAAAAAACACAUGCCUUGAAAAAGAUGGUUGCAAACCUUGAUCAAGUGACAGACCAAAUACUAAAUCAAAACAAGCUGAUGCAGGAAGAAAGGAUCCGGCAAGAUGGUCUGCUUUCAAGCAUGGUGAAACAAAGAGAACAACUUAAGGGGAACCAAAAAGUCAUUGAUGCUACUACAGAAAGACUCACUGAUGACAGGGGAAAAUUAGUUUCAAAGAAAAAUAUUACUGAAGAAGACAGAACAAGACUCACUAUUGAGAAAGAUGAGAUUGAUCUACAGCAUGCAGAGCUGAAAGCAUGGGAACAUAAUUUAGAAGCUAGCAUUUCUUUACUAGAAAAAGUGAAGGUCAAAAUGCAGGAGGAAAAUGACAAGAAACUUGAAGGUGCUUACGAUAAAAAUCUCCAGAUGGAAAUUAACAAGUGUGGCAUGCAGAAGAUAUCAUUAGCUAUGAAGAACACACUUGCAAACCUUGACCAGAUUACAGACCAAGUAACAGUUAAUCGCAAACUACUGUUGAGCAAAAGGAUACGGCUGGGAAGUCUGCUGUCAAGUGUGGUGAAACAAAAAGAAGAACUUGAUGAGACCAGAGAAAAUGUGGAUUCUGCCUUGAACAGAGUCAGCAAUGAGAGGGAAACUUUGAAUUUGUUGAAGCGUAAAAUUGACGUCGAGAAAGAAGAACAAACAAUAGAAAAGGACAGGCUGGAACAAAUGCGGUCUGACCUGAAAGUACGGCAAGAUCAAGUGAUAAAAAACGUACAGUUUUUACAAACAGCAAAGGCAAAUCUCCAGGAGGUGAAUGAAAAGAAUAUUAGGAGCAAUCACAAAAUAUUAAUCAAAUUCGAACAAAACAAGAAAGGUGUGCAGACAGUGACACUUUCAUUGAAGAAUAUGCUAGUAGACCUUAAACGGGUGCCAGACCAAGUGUCAGGUAAAAACAAAUUACUUUUGAGACAGAGGUACCAGUUGGGUCGUCUGCUGUCGAUAAUGGUGGAACAAAAAGAAGAACUUAAUGAGAAGCGUGAAGAUCUUGACUCUCAUAUUGACAGAAUAAGCAAGGAGAGGGAAAAGUUACUUUCAAUCAAGACAAACAUUGAUGUCGAUAGAAAAAGCUUGCAAAUUGACAUGGAAAAAAGACAACAACUGAGAACUGAGCUGAAGUUGAGUGAGGAGCACAUAGUAACUAAGCUACAUUCACUAGAAAAAGCAAAGGCCAAUCUCCAGGAGGCAAAUGAGAGCAGGCUUGAAAACAUAUCCAAGAAAGGACUUAAAUUUGAUACGAAUAAGGAAACCAUUCAGAAUGAAACACUUGCCUUGAAAAAGAUGGUUGAAGACCUUGAUCAAGUGACACACCAAAUACUAAAUCAAAACAAACUGUUGCAGGUAGAAAGGUUCCGGCAAGAUGGUCUGCUUUCAAGCAUGGUGAAACAAAAAGAACAACUUAAGGAGAACCAAAAGGUCAUUGAUGCUACUACAGAAAGACUCACUGAUGACAGGGACAAAUUAGUUUCAAAGAAAAAUUAUAUUGAAGAAGACAGAACAAGACUCACUAUUGAGAAAGAUGACAUGGAACAACAGCAAGCAGAGCUGAAAGUACUGGAAGACCAAUUAGCAGAUAACGUUCCAUUACUAGAAAAAGUGAAGGUCAAAAUGCAGGAGAAAAAUGACAAGAAACUUGAAGGUGCUUACGAGAGAAAUCUCCAGAUGGAAAUUAACAAGUGUGUCAUGCAGAAAAUAUUAUUAGCUACGAAGAACACACUAGCAAACCUUGACCAGAUGACAGACCAAGUAACAAUUAAUCGCAAACUACUGUUGAGAAAAAGGAUACAGCUGGGAAGUCUGCUGUCAAGUGUGGUGAAACAAAAAGAAGAACUUGAUGAGACCAGAGAAAAUGUGGACUCUGCCUUGAACAGAGUCAGCAAUGAGAGGGAAACUUUGAAUUUGUUGAAGCGUAAAAUUGACGUCGAGAAAGAAGAACAAACAAUGGAGAAGGACAGGCUGGAACAAAUGCGGUCUGACCUGAAAGUACGGCAAAAUCAAGUGAUAAAUAACGUACAGUUUUUACAAACAGCAAAGGCAAAUCUCCAGGAGGUGAGUGAAAAGAAUAUUGGGAGCAAUCACGAAAUAUUAAUCAAAUUCGAACAAAACAAGAAAGGAGUGCAGACAGUGACACUUUCAUUGAAGAAUAUGCUUGUAGACCUUGAACGGGUGACAGACCAAGUGUCAGGUAAAAACAAAUUGCUUUUGAGACAGAGGUACCAGUUGGGUCGGCUGCUGUCGAUAAUGGUGGAACAAAAAGAAGAACUUAAUGAGAAGCGUGAAAAUAUUGAUUCUCAUAUUGACAGAAUAAGCAAGGACAGGAAAAAGUUACUUUCAAUCAAGACAAACAUUAAUGUCGAUAGAAAAAGCCUGAAAAUCGACAUGGAGAAAACACAACAACUGAGAGCUGAGCUAAAGUUGAGUGAGGAUCACCUAAUAACAAAGCUACAUUCACUCGAGAAAGCAAAGGCCAAUCUCCAGGAGGCGAAUGAGAGCAGGCUUGAAAACAUAUCCAAGAAAGGACUUUAUUUUGAGACGAUUAAGGAAACCAUUAAGAAAAAAACACAUGCCUUGAAAAAGAUGGUUGCAAACCUUGAUCAAGUGACACACCAAAUUCUAAAUCAAAACAAGCUGAUGCAGGAAGAAAGGAUCCGGCAAGAUGGUCUGCUUUCAAGCAUGGUGAAACAAAGAGAACAACUUAAGGGGAACCAAAAAGUCAUUGAUGCUACUACAGAAAGACUCACUGAUGACAGGGGAAAAUUAGUUUCAAAGAAAAAUAUUACUGAAGAAGACAGAACAAGACUCACUAUUGAGAAAGAUGAGAUUGAUCUACAGCAUGCAGAGCUGAAAGCAUGGGAACAUAAUUUAGAAGCUAGCAUUUCUUUACUAGAAAAAGUGAAGGUCAAAAUGCAGGAGGAAAAUGACAAGAAACUUGAAGGUGCUUACGAGAAAAAUCUCCAGAUGGAAAUUAACAAGUGUGGCAUGCAGAAGAUAUCAUUAGCUAUGAAGAACACACUUGCAAACCUUGACCAGAUUACAGACCAAGUAACAGUUAAUCGCAAACUACUGUUGAGCAAAAGGAUACGGCUGGGAAGUCUGCUGUCAAGUGUGGUGAAACAAAAAGAAGAACUUGAUGAGACCAGAGAAAAUGUGGAUUCUGCCUUGAACAGAGUCAGCAAUGAGAGGGAAACUUUGAAUUUGUUGAAGCGUAAAAUUGACGUCGAGAAAGAAGAACAAACAAUGGAGAAGGACAGGCUGGAACAAAUGCGGUCUGACCUGAAAGUACGGCAAGAUCAAGUGAUAAAUAAUGUACAGUUUUUACAAAAUGCAAAGGCAAAUCUCCAGGAGGUGAAUGAAAGGAAUAUUAGGAGCAAUCACAGAAUAUUAAUCAAAUUCGAACAAAACAAGAAAGGUGUGCAGACAGUGACUUUUUCAUUGAAGAAUAUGCUAGUAGACCUUAAACGGGUGCCAGACCAAGUGUCAGGUAAAAACAAAUUACUUUUGAGACAGAGGUACCAGUUGGGUCGUCUGCUGUCGAUAAUGGUGGAACAAAAAGAAGAACUUAAUGAGAAGCGUGAAGAUCUUGACUCUCAUAUUGACAGAAUAAGCAAGGAGAGGGAAAAGUUACUUUCAAUCAAGACAAACAUUGAUGUUGAUAGAAAAAGCUUGCAAAUUGACAUGGAAAAAACACAACAACUGAGAACUGAGCUGAAGUUGAGUGAGGAGGACAUAAUAACUAAGCUACAUUCACUAGAAAAAGCAAAGGCCAAUCUACAGGAGGCGAAUGAGAGCAAGCUUGAAAACAUAUCCAAGAAAGGACUUAGAUUUGAUACGAAUAAGGAAACCAUUCAGAAUGAAACACUUGCCUUGAAAAAGAUGGUUGAAGACCUUGAUCAAGUGACAAACCAAAUACUAAAUCAAAACAAACUGUUGCAGGUAGAAAGGUUCCGGCAAGAUGGUCUGCUUUCAAGCAUGGUGAAACAAAGAGAACAACUUAAGGAGAACCAAAAGGUCAUUGAUGCUACUACAGAAAGACUCACUGAUGACAGGAACAAAUUAGUUUCAAAGAAAAAUUAUAUUGAAGACAGAACAAGACUCACUAUUGAGAAAGAUGACAUGGAACAACAGCAAGCAGAGCUGAAAGUACUGGAAGACCAAUUAGCAGAUAACGUUCCAUUACUAGAAAAAGUGAAGGUCAAAAUGCAGGAGGAAAAUGACAAGAAACUUGAAGGUGCUUACGAGAAAAAUCUCCAGAUGGAAAUUAACAAGUGUGGCAUGCAGAAAAUAUCAUUAGCUAUGAAGAACACACUAGCAAACCUUGACCAGAUGACAGACCAAGUAACAAUUGAUCGCAGACUACUGUUGAGAGAAAGGAUACAGCUGGGAAGUCUGCUGUCAAGUGUGGUGAAACAAAAAGAAGAACUUGAUGAGACCAGAGAAAAUGUGGAUUCUGCCUUGAACACAGUCAGCAAUGAGAGGGAAACUUUGAAUUUGUUGAAGCGUAAAAUUGACGUCGAGAAAGAAGAACAAACAAUGGAGAAGGACAGGCUGGAACAAAUGCGGUCUGACCUGAAAGUACGGCAAGAUCAAGUGAUAAAUAAUGUACAGUUUUUACAAACAGCAAAGGCGAAUCUCCAGGAGGUGAAUGAAAAGAAUAUUAGGAGCAAUCACGAAAUAUUAAUCAAAUUCGAACAAAAAGAGAAAGGUGUGCAGACAGUGACACUUUUAUUGAAGAAUAUUCUUGUAGACCUUGAACGGGUGACAGACCAAGUGUCAUGUAAAAACAAAUUGCUUUUGAGACAGAGGUACCAGUUGGGUCGUCUGCUGUCGAUAAUGGUGGAACAAAAAGAAGAACUUAAUGAGAAGCGUGAAAUUAUUGAUUCUCAUAUUGACAGAAUAAGCAAGGACAGGGAAAAAUUACUUUCAAUCAAGACAAACAUUGAUGUCGAUAGAAAAAGCCUGAAAAUUGACAUGGGGAAAACACAACUGAGAACUGAGCUGGAGUAUAUUGAGGUUCACUUAAUAACAAUGCUAUAUUCACUAAAAAAAGCAAAGGCCAAUCUCCAGGAGGCGAAUGAGAGCAGGCUUGAAAACAUACCUACAUCACUGGCCAAACAAGAUAUUUCUAUAGCGAGCCAUACCUCUAAAAGAGACUGCCUACGAAAAAUCUGGAAGGACACAAACAUUGAAAAAAAAUUGAUUGAUCAGAUGAAAUGCACUGGGCAUGAGAUGAGAAAACACUUGGAGGAACAAUUAAAAGUGAUUACCAAUUUUGUUGAAACAUAUUGGAUACUGAAGAAAAAAACAUUUGUCAAGAAAACUGAUCAAAGAUUUUUUCAGGCAUGGCAAAGUCAUUCGGAGAAAAAGCGUAAAAGUCAGGACAAAAAGAAUUCUAGCCUUCAGAAAUUUAAAAUUGAGAUGCAUUAGGAUAUUGAGAGCCUUUAAAAAAAAAAAGCCAGUCCACUGAAUACUUGGUAAUCACAUACGCAAUUGGACAAAAGAAAAGCAAAUAGUAGAUAGUGUGUUGCGGAAUUUUGUAUCACCUCUCAUGCCAACUGCUCAGAGAGGAAAUGAGACAGUAACUCAUCUAUUAUUUAACUCCGUAGAUUAUUAAAAGACACUUGAACAUCACACCAGGGACAAAGUACUGAACCUGUGACCAAUGUUCCCUCAAAACUGUGCGUGUGCGCAAUCGCCCGCACAUUCUCAGCGCACAAGAAAAUCUAUCCAUCCCAUAAACAACAUCCCACAUCCCCCCAAGCGAACACGCAGCGUUUGACGUCCCAUUACCCCAUCCUGGAAAAAAAACGUAGUUGGGAUGAAAAUCAGCACCUUCAAAUCUGAGACCACGGUCCUCAGUCAGAAAAAGGUGGAAUGCCUUCUCUGGGUCAGGGAUGAGAUUCAGCUCCAACUGGAGGAGUUCAAGGAUCUUGGGGUCUUGUUCACAAGCGAGGACAGGAUGGCUACCUGAAAUUGAAAGGCUGAUCGGUGCAGCGUUUGCUGUGAUGCGGACUCUAUACCGGUUCGUUGAGCUGAACUGAAAGGCAAAUAGGCAGAUACAAACGGCCCAAAUUAAUUUCCUCCGUAGGGUGUCCGCACUCUCCCUUAGAGAUAGGGUGAGAAGUUUUGUCAUCCGUGAGAGACUUGGAGUCGAGUCGCUGCUCCUCCACUUUGAGAGUAGCCAGAUGAGGUGGCUUGGGCAUCUCAUUAGGAUGCUUCCUGGAUGCCUACCUGGAGAAGUGUUCCGGGCAUGUCCCACUGGCAGGAGACCCCGGGGAGACCCAAGACGCGCUGGAGAGACUAUGUCGGUAGAGGAUGGAUGGAUGGAUGGAUGCAUGGAUGGAUGGAUGGAUGGAUGGAUGACUACUUGGGGCAAAGUCUUUUAAAGGUAAAAACUAUAUGUUAAUCAGUCAUUCAUUUUUGAAAGAGGGUCUAAUUAGUGACCCCUGUCUUUCUCAAUUUACAGUACAUAUUAAAUAAAUGCAAAUAUUCAAUAAUUUAUUAUUCAGCGUUUAAAAAGUUCCUGUAUUGUGCAUCCUUUUUAUGCAAACAAAUAUUGCGGAUAAAUUCGGUGCAUCACAGUUUUUUUGCGGCGUCACUUGAAGUGUGGGGCUUUGUCUGCCCAUAUGACUUUACAGCACACUAUUGGCCGGUAGGAGACCAAUGGGAACAUAUUGAUCUGUAUCCUUGCCGAUGAUUGGCUUAGAACUGUAAGAGGACCGCUAACCAGGCUCUAUCUCAAUCUCUUGCUACAUAUCCACUCCUCCACUUUGUUUGUCAGCAGAAUUAGUGCUUCGUUUUGUUGUCACAAACGAGGCAGGACAACCAAAUACAACACAGGCUCUUUAUUUGCGGAAAAUUUAAAGGAAACAAGGAGGGCUCUAAUGCCAGCAGAGCAGGACUACGAGACAAGCUGAUGAACCGGUCAGCGAGCUCGCGUCGUGCGUCAUUGAAGCAGAAGGGCAUAGCAAGCUUUAAAAAACUAUUUAAAAAGUAUUUAGAGAGACUUAGACUUAGACAAACAUUAUUGUCAUUUUGUCUGCACAGGGUGCAGACAAAACAAAACUCCGUUACAUACAGCUUCCAACAAUGGAGUGAUAUUGCGGUUGAAUAAAAGUAACAUUCUAUAUAAGAAUAUAAGAUAAAAAAAGAUAAGUAUAAAGUGCAGCAGUGAUAAAGUAUGUAAUAGUGCAGGAAACAAAACAGUAUUAAAAAAGUGUGCAGAGGAAUGCUAAAACCAGGUUGCGUACUUUUAUAUUUACAUGGGUUAUAAAAGUUCAGCAAGGUUGGCAGUGCGAGAUAGUGGUUUGUAGUAUCAUAAUGUACAGAUUCUGUGAAUGUGUGAUGCAGAGUCCAGUUUAGAGUUCAACAGAGAUUGAAUGUUCAACAGUGAUGACAGCAGGGAAAAAGCUGUUGCAGAACCUGGUGGACCUGCACCGGAUGCUGCGAAACCUCUUCCCAGAGGGCAGCAGGGAGAACAGUCCAUGGUGGGGGUGUGAUGGGUCACUGAUGAUGUUACGGGCUCGGGACACGCAGCGCUGAGAUGAAAAGUCCUGAAUGGAGGGAAGAGGAGCCCCAUGAUCGUCUCUGCUGUCCUCACCACUCUCCUCACGUUCUUCCAAUCGGAGGCGCUGCAACCUCCACACCACACAGAGAGACAGCCUGUCAGAAUGCUCUCUAUGGAGCUUCUGUAGAACGUCCUCAUGAUGGGUGGGGGCAGGUGGGCUCUCCUCAUCCUCCGCAGGUUGUACAGGCGCUUCUGUGGCCUCUUGACCAGUGCCGUGGUGUUCACAGUCCAGGUGAGGUCGUCUGUGAUGUGGACCCCCAGGAAUUUGGUGCUGCUGACCACCUCCACAGCUGAGCUGUUGAUGAUCAGCGGAGCGUGGUGAGUUUUUUCCUGAAGUCGACAAUGAUCUCCUUUGUCUUCUCCACAUUCAGAAUCAGGCUAAUGUCUCUGCACCAGCUCACCAACUGCUCCACCUCCUCUCUGUAGUCCAGGUCGUUGUUGUCUCUGAUGAGGCCCACCACCGUUGUGUCGUCUGCGAACUUCACAAUGUGAUUGGGGGUGAACCUGGGGACGCAGUCGUGCGUCAUCAGGGUGAACAGCAGGGGGCUCAGGACGCAGCCCUGAGGGGAGCCUGUGCUGAGGGUGAUGACAUCGGAGGUGUUAUGUCCGACCCGGACUGACUGAGGUCUGUUGGUGAGGAAGUCUAGCAGCCAGUUCCGAAGGGGGGUGCUGAAGCCCAGGUGUUCCAGUUUUCCCACCAGAUGCUGUGGGAUGAUGGUGUUAAACGCAGAACUGAAGUCCAGGAACCGCAUCCACACAUGGGUGCUCUUCUCUUCCAGGUGAGCCAGGCUCAAGUGAAAAUUAGAGGAGAUGGCAUCCUCAGUAGAGCGGUUCUGCCGGUAGGAAAACUGGAAUGGGUCGAAUGUUGGGGAGAGUCUGGAGACGAUGUAUUCUUUAAGCAGCCUUUCGAAGCACUUCAUCAUGAUGGGAGUCAGUGCAACAGGCCGGUAGUCAUUGAAUGAGGUGAUUUGAGGUUUCUUCGGCACCGGAAUGAUGGAGGCAGCCUUGAAGCAUGCUGGCACUGUGGCUUGGCCCAGCGAGGUGUUAAAAAUGUCUGUGAUGACACCAGCCAGCUGACCUGCACAUUCCCUGAACACCCGCCCAGGUAUGUUGUCGGGACCUGGGGCCUUACGAGGGUUGACGCUCCUCAGAGUCUUCAACACGUCGGCUGAGUCAAGGCAAAGUGCCUCCUCUUCCUGAUGGGGAACAGUUUUCACUGCUGGAGUGCUGUUUAGUGCCUCAAACCGCCCAAAAUUAUUUAGUCCAUUUAGGAAGUCAGCAUCGACUUCACCCACCAGGCUUUUUUCCAGCAUUGACAUGCCAUUUCCAGGGUGCGUAUUAUACAUGGGGGCGCAUUAUACAUGGAAAAAAACGGUAAAUUAUAAAAGUCAUGUGGACUGUGCUGGGCUGCGGGAGUGCAUCCCGUCGGUCAGCACGACAUGAGCAGAGCGGAGCCAUGACACGUUUACACUUUGCUACCGUACCUGAUAGCGCGGGGCAUGCACUGAGGACAAGCGCCGAAAAAAAGCACCAAAAAAGGAAAAAAAAGCAAUGCUGUCGGAAUAAUUGUAUGGAGAAACACUGGUCGGCCUGACCGGAGGCCUCAUAUCUUUGCUUUAACAAAGAUCUCUGUCUAGCCCCAGAGAGUUCUUUAACUCCCUUCCUUUCUCAUCGUCUCAUGUCUUUGGGAGGCCCUCACUAGUUAUGAGUAGAACACAUUUGUUCUUUGUGAAGUUCUUUCUCUUUAAGUAAACUUUGUAGUUUUCAUUCAUUAAUUAAUGUUCGGGACAGUUUUCCUUUGAUAAAGUGUUUUAGAAAAGACAUACAUGUUGAAGUAGUUGCAUAUGUAAGUUAUCCCAUAUUCACUCAAUGUUUGUUUAAGUAGACUUCAUACAAGUUAUCUCACAUUUAUUUAAUAUUUGUCGGAGUGUUUCCACGAAAGGUAUCUAAUUAUUUACUCAAUAUUAUUAUUGAAUGAAACUUAGCAAGAAAGUCUAGUGGAUUGUUUUACAGGUACACGGCACUCAGAACGUUUGGAGAUACAUAUCUCAUCGCAGUCGAGGACGAGGCUGACAACCAACUGAGGGGAAACUGCACUGCUGGGGUCACAGAAAGGCCAAGGUUCCGUCGGGCCGCUUUGUUAGCUAGGCAGCGUUGCUACAGCAAUAGCUCCCCUCCCUUUAGUGUAGCAACGCUUUUUGUAACCAGGGCAACCCAAAAUAAAAAGAGGAGAUAACAGACUAAGAGCUCAGAAUUAAUGGAGACUGUAACUGAGCUUUCUCUGUGAUACUCCUCGCGAGUAAAACGAAUACUGGUUGUUAGGGUUGUAACGAUACAUCGAUACACAUCGAUUAAUCGAUAUAAUGCUCUACGAUUUAUUGGCAUCGAUGCUAAACGUAAACAUCGAUUUAUAUCGCCGUGUUUGACCUCGGACAUUAGACGCCAUUUUAUUUUGAAAUCCAGUUCAUUGUUGCUUGCUUCCUCUUUCCGGGAGCAGGGAGCAGUGCGCGGCGUUGUGUUGUGAGCAGAGCAGGCACGUGAAAGGGGAGUCGACAACUAGUACGCGGCUCCUGGGCUGGUGCUAUGGCUAGUGUCCAAAAAGACGAAUAAAUUUGCUCCCCUUUAGGCUUCAAGUCAUUUGUUUGGAAGCACUUUGGAUUCCAAAGAAAAUAUGGCUCAACGGACAAGACACGUGCAGUUUGUAAAUCCUGCCAUGCGGUGAUCAAAUAUUCAGGGAGCACAAAUCUCGCCGCAUAUUUAAAGAAAAAACACGACAUCAAACUUCAGUGUUAAAAUAAGCACUUUGUAUACUGCAAUACUCUUGUAAUUUCCUAAAUAAAGAGUUUGCAGUACCUUGUUGAUUUUGCAUAUGAAUUGUUAUAAAUCAGGAUAUUGUUCUAUAUUUUUUAUAAAAAAAAAAAAAAAAAAUCGAUCGUAGAGCACUAUAUCGCGAUAUAUCGUGAAUGAAUCGCAGCAGGCUUUAAGAUAUCGGCAAAUAUCGUAUCGUAGUUCUUUGUAUCGAUAUUAUAUCGUAUCGUGACAAAACCCGCGAUUUACACCCCUACUGGUUGUCUUCUCCUCUUUGUUUCAGUGUGUGAAUUAAUGUCUGAUGGUAUUUAGACCCAACGACUGCCAUCCGGUAUUUGGGACAGCAGCUGGCAAUGAGCACUAAUAGCGUGCCUCUGAGCAAUGUGCAGAUGCCCUCGCGCUGGGCUGCGGAGGCACGUAAGCCGGUCAGCACGGCAAGAGCAGAGCGGAGCCGUGACAUGUUUUCACAAAAUGUUUAAUUGUUUAAAAAUACACAAUAAAGUGUUUAAAAAUAAAAUUAUAAAUGCCUUGUGCGGGUGCCCUCACGCUGGGCUGCAGGGGCGGGUCAGCCGGUCAGCACGGCAAGACCAGAGUGGAGCCGUGACACCUUUACACUUUAAAAUGUUUAAAAAGGUGUUUAAAAAACAAUAUCGUAUUUAAAAGUGUUUAAAAUACAAUAACGUAUUUAAAAGUACAAUAGAGUGUUAAAAAAUAAAAUUAGAAAAGUCUUGUGAGGAUGCCUCGUGCUGGGCGCAUCAGCCAGCCAGCACGCAUGUUCAUUGUACAGGGGCCGGCAAAAUGAUCUGACACAUUUUUGGGUUUGAAAAAACACAAAGUAAACAAACAAAAACGUAUUUUUAUUUUUUAAAGUACAUAUAAUGCCAUUUUGUUUCCUUUGGUUUUAAAAAUUAAAUCGGUCAAAUGGGAGCCGUUAUUGUCCACACAUUGUCGAAGGCGUUCACACCACCACCACCAGACUCUCAAACAGCUUCAUACUCCAGGCUGUUAGGAUCCUGAACUCGCUACCCCGUUCUGCGUAGCGUCCUGUACUUUUACUGUCUGUAUGCACACUGGCUCUUAUUUGUUGUGUUAUCUGUUUAUUUAUUAUUUAUUAUUACCGUUUUUUUCCAUGUAUAAUGCGCAAAAUUUAACUAAUUUAUUGUCCUAAAAUCUGGGGUGCGCAUUAUACAUGGGUACAAAAAAAAAAAAAAAAUACGGAUAUCAUACGGAGGCCGCCAUUACAGAUGCGCUUUCUUCUCUGCUGUUCACUUCAAACACACUCCAUACAAACACGAUGCUCUCGUAUCAGACACUUGCUAGAUCACUUGCUUGUUUGCUGUUACAAUGUACCCUACACAAAUUCGAAACAUUUCUUCACUAUUGAGUAUGCUAGCGCAUGUGCAGUGAUACUGACCGGCAGAAUAACAUCCGGUUGUUCCCAAAGAUGAUCAUUUUUCUGAAAUAAUUUUACGUUUACGGACUUAGGUAGGAGUCAAAAUUUGGGUGCGUAUUAUACAUGGGUACAGGCUUUUUUUCAGCAUCAACAUGCCAUUUUUAGGGUGCGUAUUAUACAUGGGGGCGCAUUAUACACGGAAAAAAAUGGUACUCUUAUUAUUUAUUAUUUGUGCCUUCUUGUUUUUUAUAUUGCGUCGUUUACUUGUAUGUCUAUCGUGUAAUAUGUCUUGUCACCGUGGGAUAGAGAAAACGUAAUUUCGAUCUCUUUGUGUGUCUCGGCAUGUGAAGACGUCGACAAUAAAGCAGACUUUGACUUUUUUGACUUUGAA